CGGGCGCUAUAAGAGGGCGGCGGUCGCGGCGCGCCCUGCGCGGAGCUGGGAGCGCGAUGGUCGGCCGCCGUGGUGCGGCAAGAUGCUGGAUGGGUCCCCGCUGGCGCGCUGGCUGGCCGCGGCCUUCGGGCUGACGCUGCUGCUCGCCGCGCUGCGCCCUUCUGCCGCCUACUUCGGGCUGACGGGCAGCGAGCCCCUGACUGUCCUCCCGCUGACCCUGGAGCCCGAGGCGGCCGCCCAGGCACACUACAAGGCCUGCGACCGGCUGAAGCUGGAGCGGAAGCAGCGGCGCAUGUGCCGCCGGGACCCGGGUGUGGCAGAGACGCUGGUGGAGGCCGUGAGCAUGAGUGCGCUUGAGUGCCAGUUCCAAUUCCGCUUUGAGCGCUGGAACUGCACGCUGGAGGGCCGCUACCGGGCCAGCCUACUCAAGCGAGGCUUCAAGGAGACUGCCUUCCUCUAUGCCAUCUCCUCGGCUGGCCUGACGCACGCACUGGCCAAGGCAUGCAGCGCAGGCCGCAUGGAGCGCUGUACCUGCGAUGAGGCGCCCGACCUGGAGAACCGUGAGGCCUGGCAGUGGGGGGGCUGCGGAGACAACCUCAAGUACAGCAGCAAGUUCGUCAAGGAGUUCCUGGGCAGACGGUCAAGCAAAGAUCUGCGAGCCCGUGUGGACUUCCACAACAACCUCGUGGGUGUGAAGGUGAUCAAGGCUGGGGUGGAGACCACCUGCAAGUGCCACGGCGUGUCAGGCUCAUGCACGGUGCGGACCUGCUGGCGGCAGCUGGCGCCCUUCCAUGAGGUGGGCAAGCACCUGAAGCACAAGUACGAGACAGCACUCAAGGUGGGCAGCACCACCAACGAAGCUGCAGGCGAGGCAGGCGCCAUUUCCCCACCACGGGGCCGUGCCUCGGGGGCAGGCGGCAGUGACCCGCUACCCCGCACUCCAGAGCUGGUGCACCUGGACGACUCGCCUAGCUUCUGCCUGGCCGGCCGCUUCUCCCCGGGCACCGCUGGCCGUAGGUGCCACCGCGAGAAGAACUGCGAGAGCAUCUGCUGCGGCCGUGGCCAUAACACACAGAGCCGGGUGGUGACGAGGCCCUGCCAGUGCCAGGUGCGUUGGUGCUGCUAUGUGGAGUGCAGGCAGUGCACACAGCGUGAGGAGGUCUACACCUGCAAGGGCUGAGUUCCCAGGCCCUGCCAGCCCUGCUGCACAGGGUGCAGGCAUUGCACACGGUGUGAAGGGUCUACACCUGCACAGGCUGAGUCCCUGGGCUUGAGCAGCCCACUGCAUGGGGUACAGGCAUUGCACACAGUGUGAAUGGGUCUACACCUGCGUAGGCUGAGUCCCUGGGCUCAGCCCCAGCUGCAUGGGGUGCAGGCAUUGCACAGAGCAUGAAUGGGCCUACACCUGCAAAGGCUGAAUCCCUGGGCCCAGCCAGCCCUGCUGCACAUGGCGCAGGCAUUUCACAUGGUGUGAGGAGUAUACACCUGCAAGGGCUGAGACUCUGGGCCCAGUCAGCCCCGCUGCUCAGAGUGCAGGCAUUGCACACAGUGCGAGAAGGUCCACACCUGCAAGGGACGAGUCCCUGGGCCUGGCCAACCCUGCUGUGCAGGGUGAGAGCCAUGCACGCAGUGUGAGGAGUCUACACCUGCAAGGACUGAGGGGCUUUUCUAGCACAUUGGGGCGUACAGCUGGAGCAGGGUGCCGGGGGUCUUCUGGGUUGACUGUCCAAGCCCUGUGUCUCCCCCUCUCCAGGACCCAGAGGCAGGAGUUGGUUCUGGUCUGGCAUGUGCAACCUCUUUGCUUGUGCCCUGGGCCUCAGCUUCCUCCCUCUGACCCGAGAGCAUUGCACCAAUGCUUUCUGAGCUUUCUCCCAUCCCUAACACGCCAGUCCCUGGGAAGUGGCUCCCCAUGCCAGUCUAUUGGCUUUCCCUCCCCACCUCCUCUGAGGCAUGGGUAGCAGGUGCACCUUGGUGACCGUGUGGCCUCCAUGUGGGCCACCCAUUGGGGACUGGCCUGGCCCAGGCUGCCCCAACACCAGCACUGUCUUCAGAGACUCAAACCACUAGAAGAGGACGCAGCCUGUUCUGCACUCCCAGGGCCCGGCCGUGCAGAUGCCCAGGCUCGGAGGACACUGCCGACCUCUGACGUUGAGCACUUCUCUUUGGAGUAAUUAUCAGUGACUUUUAAAUUAUUAUGAUUAUUUAACUAAUAUAAUAAUUAUUAUUUUCUCCAUCCCUGCCACCUCCCCAGCUGCAGCUCACCACUCUCGACCAAGCCCCAAUCUAGGAGGGCCCCGCCUUCCGUCCCUGACAUGUUCCCUCCUAACCCUGCCUCUGAUCUGCUUAGUCGUUUGAAACCACUAAAUGGAGAUAGAUGUGUGUAGUUAAGGAAAUACAGUGACCUGUGUCUGGCCACAGCCCGUGGGGCUUCUGGAAGCCAGCUCCCCCUGCUCCAUGCCAGCCAGCCACUGCCACAUGGUGGGCCAGCCGGCGGCCCCUGCCCUGCACCCUGUGGGCAGACGGCUUGGCCUCCAGGCGGCUCAGUGCAGAUUCUCAGGCUGGGGGUGGUAGGGAGGGGUGGGUAUAGUGAGG